GGGCCCUGGUCCUACCCGGCCGGGCACAACCCAGCGUCGAGGAGGGGGCCGGUAUGUACGUAAUGAAAAGACCAUACGUCACGUGCCCGCCUCUUACUCCCAACCCCAUCAUUUGAGGAAAUACGCGACAUUUUCGUGUGAUUAGCGCCAGAUCUAGCUGUUUCGGCCACUGUGUUUUAAUACAGAUGAAAUCGUAGGAUGCAAUUUAAACGGACGGAGGUAUUCUAGCGACAUUCACGGACUGAACCGGAGUUUGCUUUUCAAGGCAGCUGAGAUUGAAGAAGUCUGUGUGCCUGGUGUACAAGUGGCGGAAAGCAGUGAAUCAUGGCAGAAAACAACUUCCCUCCCCUUCCUCGCUUCAUCCCCCUUAAGCCAUGUUUUUACCAAGACUUCAACGAGAUCCCAGACCAACACCGCACUAUGUGCAAGAGGCUCUACUACCUCUGGAUCUUGCAUAGUGCCACGCUAGCUGUUAAUCUGAUUGGUUGCCUGGCAUGGAUGUGUGGAGGCGGUGGAGCCACCAACUUUGGCAUGGCUAUCCUGUGGCUCAUCCUCUUCACCCCUUGUUCCUACGUGUGCUGGUUCAGGCCCAUCUACAAGGCCUUGAAGACAGACAGCUCAUUCAACUUCAUGGCUUUCUUCUUCGUCUUCAUGGCCCAGGUGGUGAUCAGUAUUAUCCAGACUGUUGGCAUUCCAGGCUGGGGAGUGUGCGGUUGGCUGGCCACCAUCACCUUCUUCAGCACCAACAUUGGCUCAGCUGUGGUCAUGCUGAUUCCCACCAUCAUGUUCACUGCAGUGGCUGUUUUAUCCUUCAUCGCCCUCUCAAAGGUGCAUAACUUCUACCGCGGCAGUGGUGGCAGCCUGGGUAAAGCCCAGGAGGAGUGGGCUACGGGUGCCUGGAAGAACCCCCAUGUCCAGCAGGCAGCCCAGCAGGCCGCCAUGGGGGCUGCUCAAGGCGCCAUGCAGCAGAAUCAGUACUCAGCAGCUCCCACCUACAACUACGACGAACCCAUGUAGGACAGAGGAGUAGGCCAGGCGGCUGAGUGGGAGAACUAAAAAGGGAUCAAUUAAGAACACAAUUCAGAAUUAGGUGCCCGUCAUUAUAACACUGUAAUGCUGAACUCAAACAGAACAAUGUAAAAGUCAUGUUUUUGGUGCAAAUGUACUGGGAUUUCAUUAUUUUACUCGGUUCACAUUUAAAUCAACAGUUAUUUUAAAAAACAAAAAAUGUUGCUGUUGUUUUAUGCUGCUCAGUUGUAGCUGGUCGGUGUUGCUUUCCAACAGAGACACAUAGCCUAAAAUAGGUAGACCCAGUCCCCUGAGCAUCUUCAGUUUAUUCGAGUAGGUGGUCUCCAAUGUCACUCUGUAAAUUUUCUAAUGAUCUUUAAUGUGAUAUUUAAGGGACUGAAACAGCUAUAUUGUUAAGGGUCUUUACUUUUAUUAGCCUUGAAGAUCACCAAUGCUGAAACAGUUAUUUCUCAGCUGAUGUAAUGGACUAGCUGUUUGGCUAACAGCUAAAUUCUUAUAUACAAAUGUCAAGAAUUUUUUAUUUCCCAUUAAAGGAAUAGUUUGACCAUCUUGGGAAACACCUUAAUUCAUUCUCUUGCUUCAGGGUUAUAUAUAGGGUAUUAUAAAAUUAAUCUUUGCUAGCAGCCAGUUAGCUUGAAUUAGCAAAAAGACCAGAAACUGAAGCUGAAACAGAUAGCUUGGCUUUAUCCAAGGAUAUUAAAAUCUUCUUAGCAAUUAUAGCUAGCAGUAUAGCUCUAAUGAUCUGACUAGCUCAUUAUAUGUCACUUAAGAGCUCUUAGAGGCAGAUUUUAUUUUAUUUUGACAAAGUCAUGCUAGCUGUUUCUCACAGAUGUGAAAGAUCCACAGAUCGCAAGGGGAAAAUAUGUACUUUCCAACGGGCUAGCAAGUGGUUCCUGGAUAUUGCCAGUAGUCACCAGGUGAAAUCACUCAAAAAAAAAAAAAAAAGGGUGCAACACCAAAAACCUCCCUUGUGGUCGCUUUGGUUGCUAGCAGGUCAAAUUUAGUUUGCAUUGAAGAUGCUGACUUGUAUGCAAAUGCUCGCUAACUAUUGACCUAGCAGCAGUAAAACUUGAAAAAGUGCAACUUAACCAGGAACGUUCUGCCUUUUGAAACAUGUUGGCUGCACCGCUGAGGCACAACUUUUAUUUUAAAGGCUAACGUUUUCUGUUUCACCACAGCUCAGAUAGCAGUUAGACAGUUUUUGUAGAUAAGUUAGCAUCUUCCUUGCAAACUACUGGCAACCGCAGCAAUCUGUUAGCGACCAAAGCUAUUUCAUAUUUACAGAUGUGACAGGGGUUGCUUUUUAACUUACAGCAAGAAAUUAAUUAGAUCAAACUACCUAUUUCCUAAAGGUUAUGGUACAUUUUAAGUAACCUUUUGUUUUUUUGUUUUUUUUUUUAAAUUUAUGCUUAAAUACCAGUAAAGAAGCUCAUCAUCUUUCUCUGCUUUUUUUCUUUCUUUUUUUUUGAUUGAAAAAGAAAGUUAAACCGACUAAAAUGAAUAUUUUAAAAACAGAAAUAUGGAGUUUUUGUUUUGGUGAUCUUUUUGACAGUAUAAGUCGAUUUAUUUACAUUCUCAGGAAAAGUCUAAUAGCUGUUUUUAAAUUCUACCUGUAAAGCCUGUAGAGCUUCAACAUGUCGGGCUUUUGUCUCCUUAUAUCGCCCCUAUUGACCAUGUUUGGUUUUGUCGUUAUAUACUAGUUUUAUUGACCAUGUUUGGUUUUGUCGUUACAUACUAGUUUUAUUGACCAUGUUUGGUUUUGUCGUUACAUACUAGUUUUAUGUUGAGUUUAGUUCAAAAAUUUCUUCUUUUUUUUUCAUGUUAAAGUGAAGCACACGCAGUAUUUAAAGAUUGGAGUUUAUUGGUCAGACAUUCCAAAUCGAUGUUAGUAUAAAGGUCAAAGUGAAAGAAAACCAAAACACUUGCAGGUUAUGGUAAGUAAUAGUAAUAAUUGUUGUAAGGUGGUCAUAACAUUGUAUGGAGUGAUGGAUGUUUACUCUCCCUUUGGCAAAUUCUCCCGCUUACCCCUACGUGUAAAUGCUUCAGUGACUCCUUGUUUCUGAAAUUUGGGAUUUCAGGCCUUAGUGUGUUAUUUCGUGGAUGUUGGUGUUAUUCCAUGAGUUGGUGUAAUAAGAAAUCUACAUAAAAGAAAAAAAAGAAUAUUAAAUUCAAUCCAGUUAUUUCUUUAUGGAGUGAAAUAUCACAAAAGGACAUUCGUGCGUAGCCCCGCUGAGGCCUGAUGUGUUCCGUCAGAGACGGUGUCGUUCUGGUUUCUUCGAGUCUUUGAAAGCUUCAGCAUACAGUAGAUGGUUCGUACAGUCGAACACUAUUAGAUUUAAAACAGUGAAGUUAUCUGAAUCCUCGUUACUUUAAAAUCUGUGAGUCGUCUUGUCUGAUUGUGAUGACGUGGUAUCCAGUAGGCUGUUUGUUGUGCUACCUUUUAGUUGUUUUGUUUAUCUCUUUUUUUUUUCCUGUGUAUUUGAAUGACGUGUGGAUGCUUGUGAAGCACAUGAUUUGUUGUGUCUUUCUGUUUUGUUUUAUUUUUUUUCUUACAAUACUUUUUGUUUUUGGAAAAAAAAGUAAGUAAUAUUUGCGCUGGUUUUCCUCUUGGCAUCGGUGCAAACUUCAUUCAGAGUGGAGCAAUACUAACAGUAGAGUUAUUACAAUCAGCUGGGGUCCUGUUGUGCAGCCUUUAAAUACAGGAAGAAAAAUGUUACCAACCCCAACCUAAAGUGUCAUAAAAUGAAUAGCUAGCCUGUUUUUGAGUUGGACACCACUUGUAUGAUUUUACAGUAUCAUAGCAUUUUCACCAGCACAUGCACACACAGAAGUAAGGAGGUGUAACCCUGUAAAAAGUACCAUACGUCCGCUCAUCUGUUAGUAAAUGCACAGCUGGCCAUUUCUAUAACGUAAAUGUGAAUUUUUUUGCACAAAGUUGAACAAAUAAGCUACUUUCCCUGUGUAUGUAGUAAGUUGGUGAACUUUGGAUCAGUCCAAACUUUCCGCCAUAUGUACAUACGGCACAAUUCAUGUGUUUAUGGAAAUUGCAGCUGUGUAGUUAUUGUGUAGCAGGAGCCGCUUAUACACUUAAUGCCACUGUAUCAAAGCUUCUGAAAGCCAUUUCCCAUCUUAUUCCCACAUGUACUGUAUGUUGUGUAAAAUGUAUUAACAUGUACUAUAUCAUAAGUAUAUAUGAAUAUAUAAUUACUUGAGGUGCAGUAAAUAUUUGCCAUGGAUCAACAAAUUCAGUAGGCCCUAAAUAGUCGAAUAAGUCGUUUGAGGGGGCUGCGUCUCCACGAGUGAACGAGGAAAACAUUUUGUGUAUUACUUUUGUAUUAUUUGGUCUUACCCUAAUAGAUAUUAAAUAGUUCUUGUUGCA